AUGCCGCCCCUACUCAAAAUUGAGCUCAACAACACAGGGGACGGCCCGCUGCAGGCACCGGGCUUUAACAGCGUCCCUUUGGAAUUCAAACUCCCAAGCCAUCGAGAGUUCGCCAGCCUACAUCGAGUCAGCUGGCUCCCGGCACCUCUGACGGCCCGCGAACUCCAGAUGCUGAAGCUGAUGAACAGCAUCACCGAGCGACCGCGGUGGAACGAGCGGGUCUUUGAACCGUCCACCCUGCAGACCUGGAGAGACGAGAUCCUGCCAGACUUCCCGCUCGUCAGCGCGCGAGCAUGGGACUGGUGUGUAGCUGAGCUGCGCGACAAAGCAAGCGAGUCUCAGGAGAACGGUGGGCUCGUAAUGGUUCUGAACGCCGGCAGCGGCGUGUGCAAAUCGGACACUCUCAUCCCCGACGACGUCAGGGCCGAGAUCAAGGAUUUUGUCACGGUCGCGCUGGAAGACAUCGACAACAAGGGCCAGAACCAGCCCGAGCACGUCCGGACCCUUCUUGACCCCUCUCUGUACCCCCUGGUGCGCGGACACACGCGGGUGUUGAGCGGCGGAGGCAGCGUUGCCCUUGAGCAGACAUUGAACACAUACGGGCAAGGAGAGGUAGCGCCGGUGCUGGAUGAUACGUGGGUGUCAUCACGGCGGGACCGGGCGUACUACUCGAUGCGCUAUCAGCUGCUGCCGUGUGAGGUCGGAUUCUGCGCGCAGGGCUCGGACACGGCAGCCGUGCGCAUAACGUCCUACGUCAACAACCUGCAUCCCCGCGACCACCGGCCGUUCUACCGAACCUUGGAACAGAUGAUCUCUAAAGCUAUCGAGCCGUGGAACAAGACCCUCAUUAGACGUGACCGCUACGUGCGCACUAGGUAUAGGCACACCGUUGGUCGGCAGCCGCCGCGGAUCCGCACGUACGGUGUCGACUGGACCCGCGGGAACCCCUACCCUGACUGGGCCGCGGAGCUACCGGCUACCCUGGACGUCGACACAUCAACUGCAGAGUACAAGGGUGCUCUAGCGCGCGUGAAAGAGUAUCUCGCUCUACCGGAGGCCGGGCUGAAGGUUUCGUGGUGGUUUAAUAAAACACGCGAGCUCCCGGACGACUGGGAGACGAGCAUAUCGCUGCGCGAGGCCGUGGACAUCAAAUACAGCCGGCUGUUCCGCUUCGAGCACUCCGACCCAGGCACAACGUACUCCUACGAAGACUGGAAGGCAGGGCGAACGGCCCAGGCCAUCGUCAGCCGCGAGGACUACGAGAACUGCGACCCCGACACGGACCUGUGGGAGAAGCGGUGGGAGACGACCGAUCUCGCCCUGCAGCAAGAGAUGAUCCGGGCCCAGGAGGACUGGGACCACGAGUUCCAGACCGUCAAGCUGCAGGACGAGUUCCGGCACGCCGGGCUCCAGGUUUGCGUCCAGAUCCGCGCCAUCGAGCUGACACCGGAGACUCCGUUCUUCGCAGGCGAGGACUGGCACGCGGCGGGCAUGCUGAACGAGCAUAUCGUGGGCGUGGCCAUCUAUGCCUUCGACAUGGAGAACAUCACGACUCCCCGCCUUUCAUUCAGCCAGAUGGUUUUCAUGAACGGCGACGAGUUCGCCUUUGACGCCGACGGCUGGGAUAUUCCGUACGUGGAGAAACUGUUCGGCGUCAAGAACAAUGGCUCGCCGCUGCAGGAGAUCGGGUCUGUAUCUGUUGUUCCGGGGCGCCUGCUCGCUUUCCCGAACUGCCUGCGACACCGUCUCGAGCCGUUCCAGCUGGCGGAUAAGACUCGGCCUGGACACUGCCGCUUUUUAACGUUGUGGCUGGUGGACCCGUACGUGCGCAUCUGCUCGACGCGCAAUGUGCCCCCGCAGCGGAGGGACUGGUGGGAACAGGAGGUACGGUCGCAGCUUGCGGAGGUGCAUCCGCUGCCUUGCGAGUUGGUGGAUCAGAUUGUUGCGGACACCGGACCCUGGCUUAUGGACUUGGGGGAGGCUGAGCGGCAGCGGCGGGGGCGAGCGGAGGAGGAAGCGUUGGCUCUGGAGUUGGAUAAGAAGGCGAUUAAGCGGGAAGCUAUUCGUCUAUACAAGCUAUUUUGA